AUGGAGAAAAUAAUCAAGCGAGAGCUGAUGCGCUUCCUAGAGCAGCAUAAUUUAUUAUCUGAUGCGCAGCAUGGGUUUCGUAGUGGCAGGUCUUGCGUGACUAACCUGCUCAACUGUUUGGAACGUUGGACUCGGUCAGUUGAUGAAGGCAGUGCGCUGCAUGUAGUCUAUAUCGACUUUAAAAAGGCAUUUGAUAGUGCCCCACAUCAGCGACUCCUGCACAAACUGAGCCGAACAAGCGUUAGGGGUAACCUCUUAAAAUGGAUUCAAAGCUUCCUGUUAGACCGUUGUCAAACUGUCCAUGUCGGUGGCCAGAAGUCGACGGAGGUUGCCGUUGAAAGCGGUGUCCCCCAAGGCUCAGUUCUUGGCCCUACUUUGUUCAUCAUUUACGUCAACGAUUGCGUGAGUGAACUGGAUUGUGGUGUCGCCAUGUUUGCGGAUGACAUUAAGCUCUGGAGCGACAUUCGAACUGCAGAUGACGAAGAGCAUCUGCAGGCGAACCUAAAUCGACUCCAACAGUGGUCAAAGGCCUGGCUUCUGCCGUUCAACGAGAAAAAGUGCAAUAUUCUACGAGUCGGCAGAGCUCGCUCUCCGAACCAUAUGGCCUACUGCCUAAAUUUUAUACCACUGCAAGAAGUGGACUCGCAGAAGGACUUGGGAGUAUGGAUUACGACCUCGCUCAAACCCUCGCUGCACUGCACGAAGAUAGACAAGUCUGCAAUGUCAGUCCUCUACCUUGUCAAGCGGGCUUUCUCUGCCUUUGACGAAGACUGCUUCGCUAAAGUCUUUCGAACUUUUGUGCGUCCGCAACUAGAAUUUGCUAUCCAAGCUUGGAAACCCUGGACCGCGAAGGACCUCAGCAUCCUUGGAAGGGUUCAAAGGCGUGCAACGAAACUUGUGGCAGGACAGGGUUCACUACCAUAUGCAACGCGGUUAGCUAACCUUGAUCUCUUUCCCUUGAGUUACAGGCAGUUACGGCGUGACCUGAUACAAGCCUUCCGUAUCAUACGCGGUCAGGACUGCAGCCUCGUACCGGGUGACUUCUUCGAGUUAGCAACCACCACAAAUCUACGAGGCCAUCCAUUCAAACUACGUGUGACAGGGGCCAGACUGGACACACGAAAGUUCUUCUUCUCCAACAGAGUGGUAGAAGCCUGGAAUGCCCUGCCUGUGGAUGUCGUUAUGUCUGCUUCCGUCGAGGUUUUUAAGAGGAAGCUGGAUUUGUGUAGCAGUGUGCACUAA